AUGUUUGAGAACCAACGCACCGCCGCUUUGGUGGACGCCAACCCCAAUGGCAUCCCCAACUUAAAGAAGGGCACGCUCUUCACAGGAUCCAUCCACAUCUUCUGCGGUAUCGUCGGUGCCGGUGUGCUCGCCCUCCCCCAGUCCCUGGGCUGGCUGGGAUGGGUCGCGGGUCCCCUACUGCUCAUCACGUUCUACAUCACGUCUCUCAUCUCCUCAUGGCUGCUCGCCGACUGCUACGAGGUAGAUGGCGUGGAGAACGGGCGUUAUCAUGACAUCGUGAAGCACAUCCUGGGCCUGAAGUGGGCGUAUGUGGUGUCCACUUUCCAGCUGGUGAACAUCUUCCUGAUCGACAUCGCCUACACGAUUACCGCCGGCAAGGCCAUGUCCACUCUGGCCCUGACUGCGUGCGGCUGGCAGGGCAUCGCCGAGGGCGACUGCUUUGACACAACCUGGGCCAUGACCGUCAUCUUUGGAGGUGUGCAGAUCGUUUCCUCCCAGGUGCCCAACCUGGAGUCGGCCUGGUGGGUGUCCUUCAUCGGCGUGCUCACCUCCCUCUUCUACGCCUCGGUGGCACUGGUCCUGGGCAUGAUCCACGCCAAGAACCACCUCGGGUCUGUGGGUGGUCUGUCGGCCAGCCCCAUCAACAAGGCGUUCAACGUGAUGGGCUCCUUGGGUGCAAUUGGGUUUGCCUACUCCUUCUCCACCAUCCUGGUCGAGAUUCAAGACACCCUCAAGCAGCCGCCCAAGGCCUCCAAGACCAUGAGCAAUGCCAUCACCAUCUCCGUCACCGGCUCCUUCCUCUUCUACUUCCUGGUGGCCAUUGGCGGCUACGCCAGCUUGGGCGAGGGCGUCCUGCUGCACAUGUGGUCCGCCUACCAGAUCUUUGCCCACCCCAUGUUCGACACCCUGGAGUCACAUGUCAAGGCCUUCAUGCUGCGCCGUGCCAAGGCCCGCGGCGACACCGAGCUCCCCGCCCGCGUGGAGGAGCUGAAGCGCGCCUCCAUGGCCGCCAAGACCAACACCGCUGAUGCCAAGGCCACGCCAAUGGACGCCAAGCCCCCGGGGGCCGGCGCCGAGGGCCAGCCGCAGCUGCGUCGCCUGUCCCGUGUUUCCGCCAUGUCCACGGCCGCCUCCCAGGGGCUGCAGCGCCUGUCCCAGAACGCCGCCAUGUACCGCGUCAGCACCGGAUUCGUCAACGAGACCGUGCCCUCCAACGAGGAGCACUUCCUGCUCCCCAUCUGGCAGCGCGUCAUCAUUCGCUCCUGCUACGUUGUGGUCACCACCAUCAUCGCCGUGGUCAUGCCCUUCUUCGGCCAGAUGGCCGGGCUGGUGGGCGCGCUGGCCUUCUUCCCCCUGACCAUCUUCUUCCCCAUCGAGUGCUGGCGCCGCGUGUACAAGCCCAAGGGCUGGUUCAACAUCAUGCUGGCCAGCAUAGAGGUUUUCAUGGGCCUGGUGUCCAUCGCUGCCACCAUCGCCUCCGUGCGCAACAUCAUCAACUCCUGGGGCUCAUUCAAGAUUUUCGGUUCCACCGGCGGAAUCCACUGA